AUGCUUUCUUUUUUCUUUCUUUUUUACCCUUUCUUUCUUUCUUUCUUUCUUUCAAUUAUUUUCUUUCUUUCUUUCAGUCUUUCUUUCUUUCUUUCAUUCUUUCUUUUUUUCACGCUUUCUUUCUUUCUGAUUUACACUCCUUCCUUCCUUCUUUAUUUCUUUCUUUUUUUCUUUCUUAAGGUCACUCUUUCUUUCCUCCUUUCUUUCUUCCUUUCUUUCUUUCUGAUUUUUUCUUUCUUUCUUAUUUUCACACUUUCUGAUAUUCACUCUUUCUUUCUUUCUUUCUUUCUUUCUUUCUUUCUUUCUUUCUUAUUUUCACGCUUUCUUUCCUUCCUUCCUUCUUUCUUUCUUUUUUCUUUCUUAAUCUUUUUUUAUCUUCAUUCCUUCUUUUUGAUUCAUACUCUCUCUGAUUUUCACUCUUUCCUUUUUUCUUUAUUUCUUUCUUUCUUUCUUUCUUUCUUUCAUUCUCUUCUUUUUUCAUUCAUUCUCUUUGUUUUUUGUUCUAUCUUUUCUUUUUGUUUUUCUUUCUUUCUUUCUUUCUUUCUUUCUUUCUUUCUUUCUUUCUUUCUUUCUUUCUUUCUUAUUUUCAUUUUUCUAUUGUUCAACCGAUUCAUUAGUUAUUCAAGCAAGCCGAGUAACUUUUUCCUACUAACUCCCCUCUUCCCCCCUCUCUCUCUCUCUCGCUCUCUAUCUAUCUAUCCUAUGCGAGUUUCCAAUAACUGUUCUAUCUAUCAUCUAUCUAUCAUCUAUCAUCUAUCUAUUCAUUAUCUAUCUAUCUAUCUAUCUAUCUAUUUCUCGAAUUGUUUGUUUCCAAUAACUGUUUUAUCACAUCCAUAUCUAUCUAUCUAUCUAUCUAUCUAUCUCUAUCUAUCUAUCUAUCUAUCUAUCUAUCUAUCUAUCUAUCUAUCUCUAUUAAUCUAUCUCUCUAUCUAUCUAUCUCUCUCUAUCUAUCUAUCUCUGUUUCUCUAUCUAUCUAUCUAUCUCUAUCUAUCUAUCUAUCUAUCUAUCUAUCUAUCUAUCUAUAUAUAUAUCUAUCUAUCUAUCUCUUUCUUUCUUCUCUCUAUCUCUCUUAUCUAUUAUCUAUCUCUCUAUCUAUCUAUUUGCCAUUCUGUUUCUCUCUCCUAUGUGGGUGAUUACAUUGUUUGGGCCCAUCUAUCUAUCUAUCUAUCUAUCUAUCUAUCUAUCUAUCUAUCUAUCUAUCUAUCUAUAUAUAUAUAUAUUUCUAUAUAUAUAUAUAUAUAUCUAUCUAUAUAUAUAUAUAUAUAUAUAUCUUUAAAUGACUUUUCUGUCUCUGCCUCUCUCUCUUUUGCCAUCCUGUUUCUCUCUCUACAACUGUCCCUCUCUCCUGUCCAUAUCAUCAUCUAUCUAUCUAUCUAUCUAUCCAUAUAUAUAUAUAUAUAUAUAUAUCUAUCUAUCCUGUCUAUCUAUCCCUAUUGUCUAUCUAUCUAUCUAUCUAUCUAUCUAUCUAUCUAG